UAUCGAGAGCGACAGCGACAGGAAAAGGAGAGUCUCAAGCAGCAGGUCGGAAAACUCACUGUGCAGUCAAAAGGCCUACAGAAGGCGAAGGAGCGCAACAAGUCGACGCUAUCAGCGUCCUGGGAAUCGAUGACGAAGCGACAAUUGCAAGCUCGACUGAGCGCCGAGGCGGAGCAGCGCCGAUUUUUCACGGCGAUUGAUUCUCAAGCUGCGUUGAUCCACGAACUCCGCGACUUCAUGCACGAACUUACAUCUAAGGAAAGCAAAAACUUGCUGGACGGUGACACGCGCCAUAGACACAAGAGAGUACGCAUCGAACCGUCCGAUGCGGCCUUCUACGAGGCUUACGUGCAAGAACUCGACGCGAUGUACGCCAAAACCGAUGCAGUGUUGAGCUCGUGCGCAUUGGACACGACGACUGCGGGCUGGGAUGACCCGAAACAGCAGUGGAGAGAGGAAGGCAAGGGAGGCUUCUACAUGUUUGUCGACAAGCAGAUCGUGCCUUUCGGCUUCAAGGAGACCAGCGAUACGCUUUGGGAGGUAGGACGUCUGCUACAUCGCCAAGAAGACCGACAGGUUUACCACGGUAUUCCCAACACCGUGGCGUUCAAAUUCCGCAACACCGCUCAGUUGAACUCUAGUCGGGUCGUGUCGGUACUGCAACAUGUUGUGAGCCGGCGGUACGAUGAUGACGGCAAGAUGGUGAUCGUGUGGCGCUCGUUCACUGAGGGGGAAGGAUUAUUCACUGGCAUGCACGCUGAUGAGACUGGGUGGUGCGUGACGACCCCUUUAUUGAGCUCUCCACUGCCAGGAACGCUGCUUAGGGUGGUCAUGCGUCACGUGCCGAUGCACUUCGAUUCGGCUUCGACGCAGGGAGACUCGUCGAAGCAGUUUACGGCUCUCAUGUUGGAGACUGGGACCGAGGAUGCCGUCCAGGUCACCAACGCGCUCGAGAAGCUUCUUCUU